GCCCAAGGAAUUCUACUUUGUCCCAUGAGGAUGCACCGCAUUCUGGUGGCUCAUUCAGCCUCCAACAUGGCAUGAGGUUGCCAUCGGGAAAGGAAAGUGGCCUUUUGGCCACCUGGGCAUGAAACACCAGGUGUGUGCCAACAGGCCAGCCGGGCGAGGAUGGCGGCAAACGGUCUGCCCCGCCAGAGGGACAGGGUCCUGACCCUGGAAUCCAUGAACCCCUGCGUCAAGAGGGUGGAGUACGCCGUCCGGGGGCCCAUCGUCACCCGCGCCGUCCAGCUGGAGAAGGAGCUGCAGCAGGGGGUAAAGAAGCCCUUCUCGGAGGUCAUCCGGGCCAACAUCGGGGAUGCCCAAGCCAUGGGGCAGAAGCCCAUCACCUUCUUCCGACAGGUCAGCGCCCUCUGCAUGUACCCCGACCUCUUGAAGGACCCCAACUUCCCCGAGGAUGCCAAGGAGAAAGCACGGAGGUUGCUGGCCGCGUGUGGCGGGCGCAGCAUCGGGGCCUACAGUGCCAGCCCGGGCAUUGAGCUCAUCCGCCAAGACGUGGCCCGCUUCAUCGAACGCCGCGACGGGGGCAUUCCUUGCAACCCAGAAAACAUCUUCCUUUCUACCGGCGCCAGUGAUGCCAUUGUGACGAUCCUGAAGCUGCUGGUUUCCGGAGAGGGCCGCUCGCGCACGGGGGUCCUGAUCCCCAUCCCGCAGUACCCGCUCUACUCGGCCGCCCUGGCGGAGCUCAACGCCGUGCAGGUCAACUACUACCUGGACGAGGAGAAGAGCUGGGCUCUGGACGUGGGGGAGCUGCGGAGGGCCCUGCGCCAGGCCCAGGAGCACUGCCGCCCAAAGGUCCUCUGCAUCAUCAACCCCGGGAACCCCACCGGACAGGUCCAAAGCCGGAAGUGCAUCGAAGACGUCAUCCACUUCGCAUGGGAGGAGCACCUCUUCCUCAUGGCCGAUGAAGUCUACCAGGACAACGUCUACGCGGAGGGCUCCCAGUUCCACUCCUUCAAGAAGGUGCUCUUUGAGAUGGGGCCCAAGUAUUCCGACAGCCUGGAGCUGGCCUCCUUCCACUCCAUCUCCAAGGGCUUCAUGGGCGAGUGCGGCUUCCGCGGGGGUUACAUGGAGAUCAUCAACAUGGACCCCGCUGUCCAGCAGCAGCUGACCAAGCUGGUCUCAGUCCGGCUGUGUCCCCCCGUGACCGGGCAGAUCCUGCUUGACGUGGUGGUCAACCAGCCCCAGCAGGGAGACCCUUCCUACCAACAGUUCAGCCAGGAGAAGCAGGCGGUUCUGGGCGCUUUGGCCAAAAAGGCCCACUUGACCGAGCAGACCUUCAACAAAGCCCCCGGGAUCCACUGCAACCCCGUCCAGGGAGCCAUGUACGCCUUCCCUCGCAUACAGCUCCCACCUCGGGCCGUCCAGGAAGCAAAGGCGCAAGGCCAGGCUCCGGACAUGUUCUUCUGCCUCCGGCUCCUGGAAGAGACCGGGAUCUGCGUGGUUCCUGGAAGCGGCUUUGGGCAGAAAGAAGGGACCUUCCACUUCAGAAUGACCAUCUUGCCUCCGAUGGAAAAACUGGAGGUCGUCUUGCAGAAGCUGAGCCAAUUCCACGCCAAGUUCACCCAGGAAUAUUCACAGCCCCAGAAUGAGGCGGCGAGGACGUCCAAGAAGGCCGGCCAGUAAUGGCACAAUGGUGUUGGCGUGGGAGCUUGAAUCACAUUCUGUGCCCAAGUCAUUGCUCAUUGAAAGACUCAAGCAGGAGGCAUAUCCUGGUUGGCUGGACAUUUGACCCAGAAGGGCACCACCAGGACCAGCUCCAUCGUCCACUUCUGAGCAACAUCUCAUGGGGACCCUUUGGGCCACAGCAGAGGCUAUUGCCUGACCUAGUGUCCACAGAACAAACAUCCAUCUUCCUUCUCAUUUCUCCCUGGUUGUCUAGGUUAUUUAGAGGUUCAAGUGGGAGGCACAUGCCAAUGGCUUGGACAUUUGACCCAGAAGGCCCUGCUCCAUUGUUCACUUCCAAGCACCAUCAGACAUCUCAAGGAUGCCCCUCCAGCCAUGGCAGUUCCCAGUGCCCAACACAGAAAGAACCAGUUGAUGCACCCAUCAUCCACUUCAUGAGUGACAUUUACUGCAGCCAAGCCCAGUGACCACCACCCUGCCCAUAGAAAGACGACCCAUCUUCCUUCCCAUUCCUGCCAUGCCAACGGUGCAGUCACCAUGCCAGUCAACCCUCCCAUAUUCAAAUAGGAAACACAGACCAGUUGGCUGGCUCCAUCGUCCACUUCAGAGCAACAUCCCAUGGGUUUGACCAUAGUAGAGUCUAGCAUCCGCCACGGUCCCCACAGAAAGAGCCCACCCAGAAGGACACGGUCAGGACUGGCUCCAUCGGCCACUUCCAAGCAUUGUCUGACAUCCCAUGGGCCCCACUGGCCACAGCAGAGCCUAUAAUGUCCAACACAGAAAGAACCAAGUUGUCCAUCCAUUGUCCAUCCCUUUCCCAAAAUGCUAAUGGUGCAACUGUCAUUGCAUCCAUCUCUUUCCCAGUCAGCUGUCACCUUUAAAACUUCAAACAGAAGACAUGUGUCAAUUGCACCAUCUAACAUCUCAUGGACGUUCCUUUGGCCAUAGCAGAGGCCAGUGCCCACCACAAAGACCAUAGAAGGAGCAAACCCAGGAAACCAAGGUCAGGACUGGCUCUAUCGUCCACGUACAAGCACCAUCUAACAUCUCAUGGACGUUCCUUGGGCCACAGCAGAGGCCAGUGCCCACCACAAAGACCACAGAAGGAGCAAACCCAGCAAACCAAGGUCAGGACUGGCUCUAUCGUCCACUUACAAGCACCAUCUAACAUCUCAUGGAUAUUCCUUUGGCCAUAGUGCCCACCACAGUGUCCAUAGAAGGAGCAAAUCAAGGAAACCAAGGUCAGGACUGGCUCUGUUGUCCACUUCCAGCAUCAUCUAACAUCUCAUGGACAUUCCUUUGGCCAUAGCAGAGGCCAGUGCCCACCACAGUGCCCAUAGAAGGAGCAAACCCAGCAAACCAAGGUCAGGACUGGCUCUAUCGUCCACGUACAAGCACCAUCUAACAUCUCAUGGACGUUCCUUGGGCCACAGCAGAGGCCAGUGCCCACCACAAAGACCACAGAAGGAGCAAACCCAGCAAACCAAGGUCAGGACUGGCUCUAUCGUCCACUUACAAACACCAUCUAACAUCUCAUGGAUAUUCCUUUGGCCAUAGUGCCCACCACAGUGCCCAUAGAAGGAGCAAAUCAAGGAAACCAAGGUCAGGACUGGCUCUGUUGUCCACUUCCAGCAUCAUCUAACAUCUCAUGGACGUUCCUUUGGCCAUAGCAGAGGCCAGUGCCCACCACAGUGCCCAUAGAAGGAGCAAACCCAGCAAACCAAGGUCAGGACUGGCUCUAUCGUCCACGUACAAGCACCAUCUAACAUCUCAUGGACGUUCCUUUGGCCACAGCAGAGGCCAGUGCCCACCACAAAGACCAUAGAAGGAGCAAACCCAGAAAACCAAGGUCAGGACUGGCUCUAUCGUCCACUUACAAGCACCAUCUAACAUCUCAUGGAUAUUCCUUUGGCCAUAGUGCCCACCACAGUGCCCAUAGAAGGAGCAAAUCAAGGAAACCAAGGUCAGGACUGGCUCUGUUGUCCACUUCCAGCACCAUCUAACAUCUCAUGGAUGUUCCUCUGGCAACAGCAGAGGACAGUGUCCACCACGGUGACACAGAAAGGCUGCCAUCCCAUUGUCCAUUUCAGAGUACCAUCUAAGAUCUCAUAAAGACCUCUUUGGUCACAGCAGAGCUCAGUGGUCAGCAUGUUGCCCAUAGAAAGAACUAGGCUUUCCAUGAGUCAUCUUCCUUCCCAUGAUGCCAAUGGUGCAAUCACCCGUUGCCUUUAAAGGUCCAAGCAGCUGGCUGGACAUAUGACCAGAAGAGUAUGGUCCAUGGUCUACUUCCUAGCAUCAUCUGCAAUCAUCUCAUCUGUCACCCUUAAAGGUCCAAGCAGCUGGCUGGACAUAUGACCAGAAGAACAUGGUCCAUCAUCUACUUUCUAGCAUCAUCUGCAAUCGUCUCUUCUCAAUUAUCUAUCACCUUUAAAGGUCCAAGCAGCUGGGAGUCCAAGGCCUUUAUGGAUGCGUGUUGCCAUCCAUGGUGACCCCAAAGAAUGAGAGAAGUAACCUCCGGGAGUGGGGUGGUGGUCUUGUAGGGUUUGCUCCAAGGUGGUCUUCCAACAUGGACAUAAGGACUCGGGUGCUGUCCUUUCCUCCUCCUGACAUCUGAAUUUCUGUGACGGACAAAACAAGAUCAAUAAAACCCACUUAGUGGACACAAACGGA